GUGUUUCCGAAUACGGCACACGCUUGUGAUUGAAUCCGCUGACUUCACCAAGACGGCCAACAUGGCGGGAGGAAAGAAAAAAUCCUCUUCUCUACCAUCAAAAAUUCAGAAAACUCUUUCCUCCACAUGGCAGGACAAACACACGGUGUUGUUUAAAGCAGAGUACACGUUCUUGGUCACGGCUGUCCUUUGGUUCCUUGAAGUUGGGAUUAACAUAUGGGUGAUCCAAAAAGUUGCAUAUACAGAGAUCGACUGGAAGGCGUAUAUGGAUGAGGUGGAGGGAGUUAUUAACGGCACAUAUGACUACACACAGCUGAAGGGCGACACAGGGCCGCUGGUGUAUCCAGCUGGUUUUGUGUAUGUAUUCACUGGGCUGUAUUAUCUUACUGAUCAUGGACAGAAUAUUCGUUUGGGUCAGUAUGUGUUUGCUGUGUUCUACCUCAUCACCCUCCUGCUUGUGUUCCGCAUUUACCAUCGCACCAAAAAGGUUCCUCCAUAUGUGUUCUUCUUCGUCUGCUGUGCUUCAUAUCGGAUUCACUCCAUCUUCAUCUUGCGUCUCUUUAAUGAUCCAGUGGCCAUGAUGCUGCUAUUCGGAGCCAUCAAUCUCUUCCUGGAUGGCCGCUGGACUCUAGGAUGUGCCCUCUACAGUUUAGCUGUGUCUGUGAAGAUGAAUGUUCUGCUCUUCGCUCCUGGUCUCCUCUUCCUCCUCCUGUGUGAGUUUGGUCUAUGGAAAACUUUACCUAAACUCGCUCUCUGUGCUGUAAUUCAGCUGGUAUUGGGACUGCCGUUCCUCUUGGUGAACCCGCUCGGCUAUGUUAGUCGGGCGUUUGACUUGGGCAGGCAGUUUCUGUUUAAGUGGACAGUGAACUGGCGUUUUCUUCCCGAGGAUGUGUUCUUGAGUCGAUACUUCCACCUGGCUUUGCUUUUGGCUCACAUUACUACAUUGGUUCUGUUUGUGCUGAAGAGAUGGAAGAGGUCUGGGAACAGUAUUUGGUCUAUUCUAACAGAUCCGUCUGAGAGAAAAGAGACUGUACACAAGCUCAGUGCUGAUCAGACAGUUCUGGUUCUUUUCACUUCUAAUUUCAUUGGCAUGUGCUUCAGUAGAUCGCUGCAUUAUCAGUUUUAUGUCUGGUACUUCCAUACGCUGCCUUACCUGCUGUGGAGUGGAGGAGUCAAGAAACUUGCCCACCUGCUCAGGGUGUUGAUUCUGGGUCUGAUAGAGCUGUCCUGGAACACGUAUCCGUCCACCAACUACAGCUCUCUAUCACUGCAUGUCUGUCAUUUCAUCAUCCUGCUCUGUUUGUGGCUCAACCCGACCCCAGCUCUUCCAUCUCAGAAGUCAGAGAACAAAGCUAAGCGCCAUUGAACCCCAACCUGGCCAGGGCACUUGCCGUGUGGGAUGAUCCCUGGCCUCCAGCCCCGUCUCCAAGCUCCUGUACCAGAGGGACACACAGGGGCGGCCAGGGACCUGUGCCCGGAGUCGGUAUCAGGGAUUUUUGUUAAUGGAGGUAGUGUGAAGUUACUAUAUGGGGGUUUCAGAGACUACAAUGAUUCUCAGGAUUCUUAAGGACUAAUGUGAUGCACAGUCUGGGAUGUCGGAGUGGAAAAUGUGAAUGGAUAUUUAUUGGAAGGUCAUUUAAAAAUAUAAGGUAUAUAUAUUAAUUUUUUUGCAUCAUAUCAACACAGUUGACCUUUGAGACCUCAAGGAUCUCUUCUUGUUGGCAAAUGGACUCAUUCAGGACAGUUUAUUUGUACAAGAUGUUAUAUAUAAUAAAAUAUCUCUGCAUUUCAACAGUAAAGAGUUAGUACACCCAAAAAUUCUGUCAUUAAUUACUCACCCUCAUGUCGUUCCAAACCUGUAAGAUCUUUGUUCAAGUUCAGAACACAAAUUAAGAUAUUUUUCAUGACAUCUGAGAGCUUUCUGAACCUCAAUAAACUUUCAACACAACUACCACGUUCAAGGCCCAGAAAGGUAGUAAGGACAUUGUUAAAAUAGUCCAUGUGACAUCAGUGGUUCAACCGGAAAUGCACAGCAAUAUUUUAAAGAAUAAACCAAGACCUAAGGCACAAUGUAGAAUUCAGUAGCUUGCAUAUAGCAUGUGUCUUCCUCACCCUCACCUAAACACGGUGCAACACAUCUGGGUUCUACGUCAGAACACCUGCUCUUUUUUCCCCCCUUAAAAUAUCUCUCUUUAAGAAAAACUCAUACAGGUUUGGAACGACAUGGUGGUGAAUAAAUGAUGGCUGAACGUUCCUUUUUCUUUUUCUUUCUGAACUAUACCUUCAAUAGUUGAUUUUUCCAGCCAUGCACAAUUGUGUCUAUAAGCUCAACAGGAUUAUAGUUACAUUUAUAGGGCACAAAGGAUAGAUCAGCAUAGAUCUGCUUUUCCAUUUCUUUUUAGUAGUUUGUUUUCUGUCUUUGAUCUUUCUUUUCUUUUUUUUUUUUUGUGUUCUCUUUUUUUCUUUUCUAGCAUGAAGAGAGACGGAUUCAAUGCUGAAAUACUUAAUAUUUAGUGUCAUUUUUAUUUUUCUGUGAUGAAGAGUGAAUGAUUGUUCUUAUGAAUCUUAUUCUUAUGAUCUGCUUGCUGUUGGAUUUUUUUUUAUUUUUGCAUGAUAUGCAUUUGCUUAAUCCAAAGUGUAGUCUGUAAUCGCAAUACAAUUGUUGUCCAUGAUUUUAUUCCAUUUCCAAGUUUUUUGACAGGGUCAUGGGUACGAAAGUUUGGGCAAAGCCAGGCUGAAGGUACAGUGAAUGAUUAAAGCCCUUACUGUUUGAAACAACAGUAUCUUAAAACCUGAAGAAGCGUCAUUU